AUGUUCAACUUCAACCACGGAAAGCCUGAGCGCUACAUCGUCUACGCAGGCGUAUUCCCUCCCGGAACCGUUCCCCCUCCCGACCUCGAGGUGUACACCCGGAGCGCUGAGAAGUGGGAAGGGACGUUUGAGGGCUGCAAGGCUUUCGAGGCUGGUGCUCAGUGA